AUUUUGACUUUUUACAUCAGUGGAACACAAAGUUUCAGUGAGAAGCACAAAAAUCCUAUUUUUAACAUGAAAUUUUGCUGAUAGCUUUGAAUUUACCUAAAAAUUCAACCCUAUUCGAACAGUGUAUUGAGAAUGGUAGUGUUUGAUAUCAAAACAUUUCUGAUUGUAAAUAUUUUUUUCGGGAUACAAGCGUCAAGUACCCCAUAUCGGAUCUAUGAUAUGGUAGCGGAAGGUGUCUGUAAAACACGUCGGAUUCUAUUGUUCGAUAACAUACUAACACAAUCAGAUCCUAUUCACUUGAGUAACCCUGAGAGAGGAGCAAUUUUCCGGCAAACAUGGAAUGCGUCGUCAUUCAAGAAGUUUUCCGAUUGCAAAUUUUAUUUGCAAGCUCCUCCACGGAUGGGUCUGUACUUAACAAUCAGCAAGGCACAUUUGCGGAAGAAUAGCCGCGGUCAUUGUAUCGAUAAUAUUGUGGUCAAAAAAAGCAACGAUAAAAAGUAUACAUUUUGCGAUGCAAUGGAAGAUGACGAUGAGCUAAGAGUGUAUACGGACAAUAGAGGAUGGAUGCGAGUAACCGUAAUCCUGGACACAACGCUUGCAUUGAAAACUUUGGAUGAUACGAUAGAGGUACAGUUUAUUGCAACGGUAAAACGAGAUUGUGAUAACCUGGAAGGAUAUGCGCGUUGUGAGGACGAUGAAGACGGUUCUUGUAUCAGCAAAGACUUUUUUGAAGAUGGUUUUGUAAACUGCCCCGAAUGUGUAGAUGAAAAAGGUUGUGUUAAAGACUCUGAACAGGUUCAGAUACUGAAUCCUUCUAAUGUUUUGUUGAGUGCAAUCAUAUCCCUCUUGGCAACUAUGUUUCUGUUUGGAGGUUGCCUUUGGUGUCUCUAUCGGUACCGCCACUGCAUUGGAAAUUGCAAUAGCAACAGUGCCAUGGCUCGUAAUAAUCAAAAUUCUCUAACAGUCUCAGCUGACCAAAUACAAGUCGAACUACAGUCUUCUGCCAAUGAUGUGCAUCCUUCAGCUCCACCCGCUGAGGAUAAGGACCUCCCUCCUAGCUACGAUUCACUUUUUCCGGUGGUUAAUUCCGGAAGAAAUAGUCCACAACCGUAAUAUUUUUAAAAUCAACUCGUUUCUUUGUUUCGCUUUCUUUGAGUUUGCAGCUAGAUUAGAUUGUGGAUUAAAGUGUAGUUAUUUUGUAAAUAGUAAAUACGUUGUGGGCCAAGUUUCGAUGAAGGAAUACGAACUGACUGACAUAUGUAACUAAUUCCUAAUCGAGUCCUUAUAAGUUAUGUUUAUAAUUAUGUUAUAAAUUUUGUAUUAAUUUUAAGAUCUCGAACAAUGUCGUCGUAAUAGGAGCUGUGCACAAAAAGCAUAGCAUUAUUACACUCGUAAUAUUAGUAAAACAAUGUAAGCAAAGGUGAUUGUAAUCGAGUCUAGUUAUUUAUUGCAUAUUGUAAUUUUUACCCGAGUGGAACACGUGUUUAACCCAAGUAAUUUUCUAAUGGGUAACAUAUAAACUACGAUUGACGGAAGGAUGCAGAUUUUCUCACACAAGCCACGAAAAAAAAAAUAGUAUAACCAGGAGAAAAUAAAGUCUCAUAUAAUGUACAUAUGAAAACUGUAUGCUGAAAUAGAU